GUUUACAAACAAAAUUUGCCCAUUCGAAUGACUACAAAAUAUUAAUUUUUAAAGAGCUUCAAUACAAAAAAAAAUGGACAAAGAUAAAGCAAAAUUAGAUCGGGCCCUUGCCGCCAACCAUAACCUCCGGCUGGCCCAGCAGUUGAAAACGGUACAACCCGGCCAAACGCUGACCGAGGCCCAGAAGCAAGCGUUUCAGGCGCUGAUGCGUAUGGCACACGACCCGAACAACUUCCGGUGGAACAAGCGCGUUGAGCAGAUGAAAGCUAACAAGGAAAAGGAAUGGGCCCAAAAUCGGCAAAAGCUGGAACCAGUAGCGGCCAGGCGUGUCGAGGUGCCCGGGAAGCCGAUAUUAGAAGAACCGAAACGACCACGUUUGCGGGAUCAAAUCAGAGAAGCGCGAAAGAAAGCAGCGUUUCCGUUGCGACCGCAGGUUCCGAGUGACCGGGCCCGGCGUUACGGGUUUAUUCCGACGUCCCAGCGGCAAACGGAUGUAAAAUCCUAUGCAAAGGUUUAA